GUCCUGGGCGUGUCGUCAGCGCGCUGUCUGUCGCUGGGAGUUUCGGACGGCUGCGUCCCAGUAGUCUUCGUGACUCGGUUCCGUUUCGCCUGUUGUUAGAAGCGCCGUUUUAGAAGGGCGAAUUCGAGCGUUGCUGGCGGUUUCCUCGAUUGAGAGCGACACCACGUUUUUAAUUCAGCAUUCCGAUUCUCUUGACACUGCAGCGGCGCUUCUGAAGACAUGAGCGUGGAGGCAUACGGGCCGAGCUCGCAGACCCUCACUUUCUUGGACACGGAAGAAGCGGAGCUACUUGGCGCCGACACCCAGGGCUCGGAGUUCGAAUUCACGGACUUCACAUUGCCCAGCCAGACACAGACACAAGGCCAAACUCAGAGUCAGCUCGACGGCCAGGUAAAUGGCCCAGAUGGUGUUCUGCAGAAUGGUUCAGUGGAUGAUGGUGUGGCCAAAGCUAGUCAGUUACUCGCUGAGCUGAAUUUUGAGGAAGAUGAAGAGGACACCUACUAUACCAAGGAUCUCCCAGUGCAUGCCUGCAGCUACUGUGGCAUCCAUGACCCAGCUUGUGUCGUGUACUGCAACACCAGUAAGAAAUGGUUUUGUAAUGGGCGUGGUAAUACAUCAGGAAGCCACAUUGUGAAUCAUCUUGUGCGAGCAAAGUGUAAGGAGGUGACUCUACAUAAAGAUGGACCACUGGGAGAGACUGUACUUGAGUGCUACAAUUGUGGUUGCCGCAAUGUUUUUUUGCUAGGUUUCAUCCCUGCCAAGGCUGACUCUGUAGUUGUUCUGCUGUGCAGGCAACCCUGCGCUAGUCAAAGCAGCUUAAAAGAUAUUAACUGGGACAGCUCGCAGUGGCAGCCCUUGAUCCAGGACCGGUGCUUUCUUUCAUGGUUGGUCAAGAUCCCAUCUGAGCAAGAGCAAUUGAGGGCUCGGCAGAUCACUGCCCAACAGAUUAAUAAACUGGAAGAGUUGUGGAAGGAGAACCCAUCUGCCACUCUGGAAGACCUAGAGAAGCCAGGAGUGGAUGAGGAACCACAGCAUGUUUUACUGCGUUAUGAAGAUGCCUAUCAGUAUCAAAAUAUUUUUGGGCCAUUGGUGAAGCUUGAGGCAGACUAUGAUAAAAAGCUCAAGGAGUCUCAGACACAGGACAACAUUACCGUACGAUGGGAUCUGGGACUGAACAAGAAGAGAAUUGCUUACUUCACAUUGCCCAAAACUGAUUCAGAUAUGCGUCUCAUGCAGGGUGAUGAGAUCUGUCUACGCUAUAAAGGAGACCUGGCUCCACUAUGGAAAGGAAUUGGACAUGUCAUCAAAGUUCCAGACAAUUAUGGGGAUGAGAUUGCAAUUGAACUGAGGAGCAGUGUGGGUGCACCUGUUGAAGUGCCACAUAAUUUCCAGGUUGACUUUGUGUGGAAAUCGACAUCUUUCGAUAGAAUGCAGAGUGCUCUGAAGACAUUUGCAGUAGAUGAGACAUCAGUGUCAGGGUAUAUUUACCAUAAAUUGCUGGGACAUGAAGUGGAGGAUGUCAUCAUCAAGUGUCAGUUGCCAAAGCGCUUCACCGCACAGGGAUUACCAGAUCUCAAUCACUCUCAGGUUUAUGCUGUCAAGACAGUCCUGCAGAGACCCCUCAGUCUCAUCCAAGGACCUCCUGGAACUGGCAAGACUGUCACAUCGGCCACCAUAGUCUAUCAUCUGGCACGACAAGGCAAUGGGCCAGUUCUGGUGUGUGCACCCAGCAACAUUGCUGUGGAUCAGCUAACUGAGAAGAUUCAUCAGACCGGGCUUAAGGUUGUACGUCUUUGUGCCAAGAGCCGUGAGGCCAUUGACUCUCCUGUGUCCUUCCUGGCCCUUCACAACCAAAUCCGUAAUAUGGAUAGCAUGCCAGAGCUUCAGAAACUGCAACAGCUUAAGGAUGAAACAGGUGAGCUGUCGUCGGCAGAUGAGAAGCGCUACCGAGCCCUGAAGCGUACAGCAGAGAGAGAGCUACUUAUGAAUGCUGAUGUAAUCUGCUGUACCUGUGUUGGUGCUGGGGAUCCCCGCCUAGCAAAGAUGCAGUUUCGUUCUAUUCUUAUCGAUGAGAGUACACAAGCAACAGAACCAGAGUGCAUGGUGCCUGUUGUACUUGGGGCCAAACAGCUUAUCCUUGUGGGUGACCAUUGUCAGCUGGGACCUGUUGUAAUGUGCAAAAAGGCAGCCAAGGCUGGCUUAUCGCAGUCCUUGUUUGAGCGCCUAGUUGUCCUUGGCAUUCGUCCUAUUCGCCUUCAGGUGCAAUACCGUAUGCAUCCUGCCCUCAGCGCCUUUCCCUCCAACAUAUUCUAUGAAGGUUCACUGCAAAAUGGAGUCACAGCAGCUGACCGUGUUAAGAAGGGCUUUGACUUUCAGUGGCCACAGCCAGACAAGCCUAUGUUCUUUUAUGUCACCCAGGGUCAGGAGGAGAUUGCAAGCUCAGGAACAUCAUACUUGAACAGGACUGAGGCUGCUAAUGUAGAAAAGAUAACCACGAAGCUUUUAAAGGCCGGAGCCAAGCCUGACCAAAUUGGUAUCAUUACACCCUAUGAAGGCCAGCGCUCCUACCUGGUGCAGUACAUGCAAUUUAGUGGCUCCUUGCACACAAAGCUCUAUCAGGAGGUAGAGAUUGCUAGUGUUGAUGCCUUUCAGGGUCGAGAAAAGGAUUUUAUAAUUUUGUCAUGUGUCCGAGCAAAUGAACAUCAAGGCAUUGGAUUUUUAAAUGACCCUAGACGACUAAAUGUAGCCCUUACCAGGGCAAGGUAUGGUGUGAUAAUUGUAGGCAACCCCAAGGCUCUAUCUAAGCAACCGCUGUGGAACCACCUUUUGAACUAUUACAAGGAACAGAAGGUGCUGGUGGAAGGUCCCCUAAACAAUCUUCGUGAGAGCCUCAUGCAGUUCAGCAAACCCCGCAAACUAGUUAACACUAUCAACCCCGGGGCACGCUUUAUGAGCACUGCCAUGUAUGAUGCCAGAGAAGCACUUAUCCCAGGAUCAGUUUAUGACAGAAGUAGCCAGGGGCGUCCUUCAAACAUGUAUUUUCAAACACACGAUCAGAUUGGAAUGAUUGGAGCUGGACCCAGCCAUGUUGCAGCAAUGAACAUCCCCAUUCCAUUCAAUCUGAUGAUGCCACCAAUGCCUCCACCUGGGUACUUUGGGCCAGCUAAUGGUCCAGCAGUAGGAAGAGGUGCUAUGAAGGGGAAAGCUGGCCGUGGAGGACGGCAGAGUCGCCGUGGACUUGGGAAUCAGGGUGCUGGUCAGUCCAACCUCCCUAACAGUCAGGCUAGCCAGGAUGUUGCUUCACAACCUUUCUCACAGGCUCCUUUGACCCAGGGAUACAUCUCAAUGAGCCAGCCCUCACAAAUGAGCCAGCCAGGGCUCUCCCAACCUGAGCUGUCACAGGACAGUUACCUGGGUGAUGAAUUCAAGUCCCAGAUUGAUGUGGCUUUGUCACAGGACUCGACUUAUCAGGGUGAACGAGCAUACCAACAUGGCGGGGUGACCGGACUGUCACAGUACUAGAGUUUUGUGGGAAGAGGAGCUAAGCUUGAGAUGGGCUUAGUUCGUCAGUAUUUUAAUCUGGGUUAUUAAAAAAAAAACAAAAAACGGAUACCUGUUUUCCACUGCUACAACUGAAGCACCACUGUGUGAAAGCAACAGGAGAGAGAGAGAGA